AGUCACACCUGGAUCAAAACAUCACAUUUCACCACGCAGUCACAGAGCUAUCCACACAGUAACCACGCAACACACUCCAGUAGAAAACUAAGCAAAAAAAUAACAAACACAAUAAUAACAACGAUUUACUUUAAGUUUCAUUGGGCAACACAGAUACGCCCACUCACUCACUACUCACUCGUCAUUACUCACUAUUCGGCACUCAUUUCUCAGUCCUCACUCACGCUGCAAGGACAAUGAGGCUGUAUUGAGGCAGCGGGGACGUGCAGCUGCUCUCCACAUUAGACAAUAAACAGCAGUUAAAUAGUAAAUAUCACUCACUACUUGGUACUCACUCGUCACUACUCACUACUCACUCCGUCCCUCACGCUGUAAGGACAGGGAGGCAGCGGGGACGUGCAGCUGCUCCUGACAUUAAACAGCAGCUAAAUAUCAGUGUUUGAAGGACCACAGCUGAGAUGGAGGACGAGGAAGACGAGGAGGUGGUGUUUGAGGGCAGUGCGAUCCACCAGCACCUCCUGGACGUGGGCUACAGCUACACAGACUUUGAGCAGAGCCAGUACACAGCGCCAGCCAGCACACAGCAGACACAGGAUGGCAGUUCCCCAGACUCUCAGAGCGGGUGGCUGGCGGCCGGGUGUGCAUGGUGGACGAGGCUCCCACGUCACUUGUUUGGAGCGUCACCAAAGCUUGCCCAGUCUUACAUGUACGUGAUGCUGGCCAGACAAGUGUGCAAGAGUAGGCUGGUGAAUGAGGACGACUGGUUGGUGCUGGAGCACUUCCUUCCCCACGGUGAGGAGCUGCGGGGCUCAGCCAACACUGCCUUCCCUCGGCUCACUGCUGUCUUCAGGCACAGGGAUGCAGUGGUGAUAGUUAUGUGCCUUUUGCUGCUGUGGAUUGCAACCGAGGAUCUGUAUUUUCAGCUCAGCAUCCUUCUUGUUGCUCUAACUACCUGUGGCUUGUAUUGCAUGUAUUGGUUGCAGAAGGCAGCAUGUUUGGGACAGUUUGUAUCAAGCUUGAAGGAAAUGAACCAUCUCACCUCCAAGACUGUGCGUUUGCUGCUGGAGAUGGACCUGAUAGGCAAGGGUUUUGUGCUGGCUCAAGGACCAGGAGCAGCCAUGGCCUCACUGCACGAGGAGUCCCCCCACAUGUCCUGCCUGAGUGAGGCUCUGCUGAGCACAGUGGCAGCGGCAACCAAACUCCUCACCUUGGCCCACAUUGCUCUUGAACCGGGCAUCCCUCACUACCCAGCCAUCAGACACCUCUUUGAUGAGCCGCCCAGCCUAGAACAGAGCUGUUCACUCACUCAACAAUUGCAGUAUAUGAAGAGUCGAGUCACUGUGAUAAAGCUUCAGACGUCUGCCGUGCUGACUGAGUUGCUGUUGUGGCUGCACGGAUCACAGGCAGAUUCUGAGUACAGAGGGGUUGUUGAUUUCAUAGCCACUUCUUAUAAGGAAGAUGCAUUCUUAGAAAAAAUGCAAUCCCUCCAGAAGCAAUAUGAAUACAACAAGUGCUUUUGGUUAAUGGAGAGACCAUCGGUGAAUACUUCACCAAGUAUUGAGGAGAAGAAGAAAAAUGUGUAUGUGGCUGUUCACAGUCUGGGUUUGCAUCUACGGGCUGCUCUGGCCAGAGUGCAGAGUCUUGAGUCAGACUUUGAGAGAGAAAGUGACACAUCAGAACUGUGCAAGUCAGAAUGUCUUGAAGCAUUUCCCUCCUAUGAACACUUCAAGGCACAGCUGACUGCUCUGAGGCUGGAGCUGGAUGCCUGUCAGGGCUGCCUAGAGGAGGCAGAGGUCAGAGGUGCCAGGAAGUAUGGAGCUGCCAGUGAGAGCAGUGAGGAGAGGGCAAGUUUGCCAUGUACAGCUGGAGAGGAGGAGCAGGUUGAGCAGGUCACUGCAGCAAAGCUGCCUGCCAUCCUGCUGUAUGACCAGCAGAUAGUGCCUGCUGAGGAUGAAGUGUUUGAGGUUGACAUGAACAGCAGGGUGUUGGAGGAGGAGGUGGGUGUGCCAGAUGAUGACCUGUGGUGUGUAGAUGCCAGGAGGGAGAAACAGAUGCUUCGGCAGCAGAAGGAACAGGGGAAGAGAGUCCUUAGGGAGCUGCAGCCAAUCUUGGUCAGCCGUCGCAAAAUGUGGGAGGAGAGGGAGAAGGUUGCCUUGGAGAAGCUGCGCAUCAGACCAGCCCAGCAGAACAUUGUGAAGGUUACAGAGAAGGAAGAAGUGAGCCAAGAGGAGGAGGAGGAGAGUGCAGGUGAUCCAGGUGAAACUGCACCUGUCACCAUCGAGGAGCUCAACACUGCAGCACUGAGAGGUGUUAGGCCACCAGCAGCCAGCCUGGCCAGUGUGCAGGACGAGGUGGACAGUGAUGAGGAGAGGCUGGCAGCAUACAGGAAAAUUAGACAAGAACUGGAUGAAGAUGAAGAGGAGAGAAUAGUGAAUGAAGUAAGACUGAAAGCAGCAGUGACACUUUCACACUCUGGUGAAGACGAGAGACAGUUCCUGAGCAGCACUUGCAGAAGGACUGAAGUGAUUGGUGACUGCAUAGACUCUGAUUCUGAUUCUGAGGAAGAGACUGUGAGUGUCCUCAGACGGAGACCUCCUGUUAAUUUUUGUUGGGGUGACGACGAGAGGGAGAAAGACUCGUCGGGUGAAGAGGUGAAUGCAGGAGAAGAGGAAACCUUCACUCAUAAUGAAAACCUGAAGGAGGAUGAGUCACGGCAGAUUGACUGGACCACCUUCGCCCUGCCCACUCACCACACCACCUCCCUGGACAGCCGCCUUAACUUGUACUCUGGAAGCUCCUGCCUCGGUUUCCAGGCACAGGUGGCGGCCCAGGCCAGCGCAGCCUCCAAGGACUUCUGGAUGGCUUCAAAACAGCUGGAGGAAACCUUUGGUGGGACAGGUGAGGGGGAGGUGUUCGGCGACAGCAGUGACGAAGAUAACGAUGAUGAAAAGUGAUGGUUGUGUUGAUGUAGUGUGAGUCAGAGAAGCACAGGUAGUAGCAGUGUGUCCACAGUGAUCAGUGCUGAGGGUCACUUCUUCCUGAACCUUUGCCAACAGUGUUUCUGCUCUCGGAAGAACAGUUUGCCAUCAUUGUCUUUGCUUCAGUACACUCCGCCUGCUUGUGUGGUGAAUGCCCAGAUCUCAAGAGCCCUCCCUGCCUCGCUGCACCUCCACUGUAAGGCAGCUCAGGUGUUCUGCAUCCUAAGGCCCAUAACUUUGCCAGUCAAGGAGUCACCUGCAGCUGUUGAGCGAGAAGUGAAGUGACAGAAAUGUGGUGGUGUCUGAGGUGGAGGUGGAGGGGGGCAGGGUGGUGUCUGAUGGCAUGAUGGCAUCCCAAUAUUAUUCAUACUACAAGAGCUUUCUAUCACUGCCUACACUUGUCUCAGCUUUAAAGCACUUGGGAACAUUAAGCUAAAGGAGGGAAAUGAUGGAAGUAUUAAGCUUAAAACAAGAGAAAAGUCAAUAUUGGAAACAUUGAAACUUUUGGAUUUUAUAUUUAUAUCAAUAAAGCAAAUUAUUUAU